AUGGCAAACAGGUUGGACGCCAUGAACCCCACCAUGACUUCGACUCCAUCCGUCUCCCAGGCCAAGGCAGCUAACAGUGCUUCGAGGCCAGCGACCAACAACCAGAAUGUCAUCAAGCGGUUACAAUCGGAACUCAUGACCCUCAUGACCUCGCCUACCGCCGGCAUCAGCGCCUUUCCCUCCAACGACAUGACCAAGUGGAACGCCACCAUGGAAGGACCACAGGACACGCCCUACCAAGACCUGACCUUCAAGCUCACCAUCUCCUACCCCUCGAACUACCCAUAUGCACCUCCCGAAGUCCUCUUCAAGACUCCCAUCUAUCACCCCAACGUCGACUUCAGCGGCCGGAUAUGCUUGGACAUUCUGAAGCCAGGAGGCGAGGGCAAAGAGGGAGCGUGGAGUGCGGCCUUGAACACGAGCAGUGUGUUGCUGAGCAUCCAGAGUCUUCUGGGCGAGCCGAAUAACUCAUCACCACUCAAUGGUGAAGCCGCGAUCCUGUGGGAUAAGGACCAGGCCGAGUUCAAGAAGAAGGUUCUCGCACGACACGUGAAGCCCGAGGACGUUGAAGACACUGCAUAA